AUGCUUUUGCCAACUGACAAAGUUGAGAAUAGACCAGAUUUAAUAUCUCGAGUUUUUCGUGCAAAGCUUCAACAACUGAAAGAUGAACUUCUGAAAAAGAAUAUAUUUGGAAAGGUAGCAGCUUAUACAUAUGUGAUUGAGUUCCAGAAAAGAGGUUUGCCUCAUGCUCAUUUCUUGAUAAUUCUGAAACAAGGAUGGAAGAUGUACUCUCCUGAAUCAUACGAUCGCAUAGUGUGUGCUGAGUUGCCAGAUGCUAAGCAGUAUCCUUAUCUUUAUGAAGUCGUUGUCAAACAUAUGAUGCAUGGUCCUUGUGGUGCUAUGAAUCCAAGUUGCCCAUGCAUGAAACAACACAUUGGAUGCAAGGAUAAUUAUCCUAAGGAGUUUACAGAAGCCACUCGUCACAGUCACAACUCCUACCCUGUUUAUCGACGACGAGAUUUUCAGCAAUCAGUAACUGUUCGUGGACAUCCUCUUGAUAAUCGAUGGGUAAUACCAUACAAUCCCUAUUUACUGUCUAAAUUUAAUUGUCAUAUAAAUGUAGAAAUUUGUUCAACAAUUCGAGCUGUCAAAUAUAUAUAUAAAUACAUCUAUAAAGGCCAUGAUAAAAUUCUAUAUCAGUUGACUAAUACGGGGCCUAAUGAAAUUGUUGAUGAAAUAAAAAAUUUUGUUUGUGCAAGAUGGGUCUCUCCUCCUGAAGCAAUGUGGAGAAUCUAUGCAUUUGACUUAAAUGAGGUACAUCCAUCAGUAAUUUCUUUGCAACUUCAUUUGGAGAAUAAGCAAUCAAUUACAUUUGAUCAAAACCAAUCGUUGCAAAAUAUAAUCAGCAAUCCAUGUUCCUCACAGACAAUGCUUACAGAAUUCUUUAGCAUGAAUUGUUAUGAUGAAUACGCCAAGCAUUUGAAUUGUUUAUAUAUAGAGUUUCCUGAGUAUUUUACUUGGAAUGCACAAUCAAAAUAUUGGAGUAGACGAAAAAGAGGAGAAGUUAUUGGUCGUAUUUUAACUGCUCGCCCUACUGAAGGGGAGCGAUACUAUCUCAGAAUGUUGUUAAUGCAUGUUAGGAAGCCUACUUCUUUCCAAGAUCUAAAGGUUGUCAAUGGAUACGUAUGUCAAACAUAUAAAGAAGCUGCAAAUUUACUUGGCUUAUUGCAUUCUGACAAUGCUGCUGAACUUUGCUUACAGGAAGCUUCUGCAUACCAGAUGCCAAGUUCUCUUCGACAAUUAUUCGCAUCUAUAUUAGCUUAUUGUGCUCCUACAAAUCCACGAGAGUUGUGGUUGAAAUAUGAAGAUUUCUUAUCUGAAGAUAUUCAACAUAGUACAUCACUUGAACCACACUUUGUACAAAUACGAGUGCUCCAAUUAAUUGAUUCGUGUCUUCGAUCCAUGGGAAAAAAUAUUGCUGAUUAUAAUUUAACUGAUAUUCAAGUUGAACAGCUUUCGCAAGAUUUAAGUACUAAGGAAAUUGAUGUUGAAAGAAGCAUAGUAGUAUCUGACGAAGAUCUUCGUGCAUUGCAUCAGUUAAACUUGGACCAGAAAUCAGCAUUUGACAAGAUUAUGCAUGCCAUUGACAAUAAUAUCUCAUGUGCAUUUUUCUUAGAUGGUCCAGGUGGAACUGGAAAAACUUUCUUAUACAGAGCUCUCCUUGCAGCAAUACGAUCAAAAGGAUGCAUAGCACUAGCAACUGCAACAUCUGGAGUUGCAGCUUCAAUUUUACCUGGUGGCCGUACAGCACAUUCGAGGUUUAAAAUCCCAUUACAAGAUAGUGAUACAGCAAUUUGCAAUAUUGGAAAGCAAAGUGCUAUUGCUAAGUUAAUAAGAGAUGCAAAAGUAAUUAUUUGGGAUGAAGCAAGCAUGGCAAAGCGUAGCUCAAUAGAAAAAUUUGAUGAAUCAUUAAAAGAUAUCAUGAAUAAAGAUGCCAUAUUUGGUGGUAAGAUCAUUGUUUUUGGUGGUGAUUUCCGACAAACAUUACCAGUGGUCACCAAAGGGUGUAAAGAAGAAAUUGUCAAUGCUAGCUUAGUAAAGUCUCCUAUUUGGCCGUACCUCAUAAAACUAAAACUAUCACAAAAUAUGCGAGCUCAGUUAGAUCCUUAUUUCUCUGAUUACCUUCUUCGAAUUGGCAACGGUACUGAAGCAACAAAUAAGAAUGAUGAGGUGCGUAUACCUGAAGGAAUGAAUUUGGUAUUUGUCGAUGACGAUUCAUCAGUUGAUGCGUUGAUUGCUGCAGUAUUUCCAAAUUUAUGUGCUUUUGCUCAUUGUCCAGAUUCUAUUGUUAACCAUGCAAUUUUAAUGACAAGAAAUGAUUUUGUAUUUGAAAUUAAUAACAAAAUCAUUGCUAAAUUUCCAGGUACAGAACAGGUAUAUCUAAGCCAUGAUGAAAUCCUUGAGUCAUGCCAUCAAUCAGAGACAGAAGAUUUUUUGAAUUCAUUAACGCCUAAGAGCUUGCCUCUUCACAGGCUGAUAUUAAAAAUUAAUUGUCCUGUCAUGUUGAUUCGAAAUAUUAACCCUGCUGAAGGCCUAUCUAAUGGCACCCGACUCCUAUGCAAAGAAUUUGGAAACAAUGUAAUACACGCAGAGAUUGCUUGUGGCUCUUUUAAAGAGUCCCUUAAAAGUGAGGAGGAGCUGCCUUCACCGCUUGGGAUCAGCACUGGUCAUGGAAAACAUAAAUAUUCAGAGAAAGGUCUAGCAGGUGUUUUUGAGUCACGUCUAAAGGAACUGAAUGCUGCAUUCCACGAGGUACUUGACAAGGCUGGGUGGUUUUUGACGACAAAGAUUGCAGCCACAUCAUGGUCGGAGUCUAGAAGCACUCCUGAAGUAGUUGCUGCUUAA